AUGAGCCUUGGUAUCAGCCUCAACAUCAGUUUUAGCCCAGAUCUAAACCAUUUCCUAGCCCUAGCUCUAGCUCUAGCCUUAGCCCAAGCAUUAGCUCUAGCUGUACCUCUAGCCCUAGCUUUAACUGUAUCCUUAGGUCUAGCCCUAGCUCUAGCUGUAUCUCUAGCUCUAGUCCUAGCUUUAGCUGUACCUCUAGCUCUAUCCCUAUGUCUAGCUGUACCCCUAGCUCUAGCCCUAGCUCUAGAUGUAUCCCUAGCUCUAGCUGUACCCCUAGCUCUAUCCCUAGCUAUACCCCUAGUCCUAGUCUCGGGGCAAGGUGGGUACGUUACUUGUAAAUCUUACAAUUUUUUUUAAGUUUCGAUUUCGUUAUCAAUUUCCGUGGCAAAACUUUAUGUCAUCAUUGAUAUUCUUUUCACUUUUUUCUCAAAAAGAAUCUGAUUUAGGAAACGGCCUACAAUUGUAUUACUUAGGCUUUUUUGGACGUGUAAAUUGCACUUUUGGAAGGACUUUAAAUAAGGUUUUUUUGGGAAACAAAAGAGGGGGGGGGGAUUGUUUGGAAGAGUAUUAUUACAUAGAAUUUUGAGAAUUAAAAAUGUCAUAUUUGUUAGUUUUAAGUUGGUUGGACUAGGAAAGUAUUAGGUCAAUGCCUAAUAUUAAGUGCCGACAUAAAGAACCCGCCAUACUUUGCCUAUAAUUUCCUGUAAAACAUGGCGGGUUCUUUAUGUCGGCACUUAAUAUUAGGCAUUUUAAAAGUAUUAGACUUAGGAUAGUAUAAGACUCUAGAAAAGCAUAGUAUAUUAGGAUUCUGAAAAGUUGCAAGUUAUACGUUUUUGAUUUUCAAAAGUGCAUUGUGCGCGAGUUACAAGUUCAGGAAGGUUAGUGCAGUGUACUUUUAGAGGCUAGAGCAUAUUAAGGGCAGGGAAACAAUUUGUAAUUUUUGAAAACUUAGGUUUGGCAUUUAAAAAAGAGUAUAAAGGGUUUAAAAUUAGGUUUAUUAUUGUUUAAAUUUUACUUUUUUUGAUUUCGGUUGGGCUUGCAUUUGGUCUAGAGCUAGAGCUAGGGUUCUGAGAUAGGGCUCUGGGCUUGGGGCUUGAGCUUCAGUUUGAGUUAGUGGUUGAAUUUUUUCGAGUUUCAAGUAGGUAUCAAUUUGAAGCUUAUAUUUGCUUAAUAAAAAUCGAUUUUGAAGGAGUUUUUGGCGACUUGAGAGCUCUUAUAUUAUGAUAGACGUAUUAUUUUCACUACUUUAUAGGUUUUGUAGUUUAAGAUCGUAUAUAGUUCGAAAUUCGAAAAGUAUCAAAAGGGCUAUCUUAAAACUAUGGGAGGGCCGAAAGCUGUCACUAUAUACAGUCCUUAGUACUUUAUGAGUAUUUAUACCAAGUUUGGCCCCAAUCAGUUAACUCAUAGCCAAGUCAUAUGGGGGUCAAAACUUGAUGGCUUCAGUAUACUAUUGAUGGUUAUACUAAAGAGUUGUUACUGUGUUUUACUACUCUGUGUUACUACUCUUUUUCCAACCCCACCACCCGGUGUUCUUGUCGUGUUUGUCGAAGCUCUAGCCAUAAGGAAUAAGUAGCAGGGGAUUUGGAGUUAAAUAGGGAUUAUUUUUCCUUCUUUUUUUCAUUGUCAAAUAUUUACAUUUCGGCGACAAUUAUAUUCACCUCUUCAAUUGGCUUGCACUUUAAAAAGCGGGUAAUUUUGGAUCUAUAAUAUUUAGUUUGGUUUGGCAGGCUUUUUUGGGGUUUGUAUUUGAAAUUGUGCUGUUAUAGCUUAGGUAUGUCAUAGUAAAGUUUGCCACUUGAACCCAGCUCAGCCUCUUUUCAGCAUAAGCUGUACUAAUAGGUUGUUUACUUAAUUCUGCGCCCUCUGUUAAACCAAAUUUUUGGGGUAAGGGGCGCAGAAUUAUAUGAACAACCUAAUAAUACAGCUUAUCCUGAAAAGAGGUUGAGCUGGGUUCAGUUUUUUGACCUAGUCCAGUGGCCGGGCUUUGUUUUGAGCCCUGGCUUUCGAGCCCACAUAUGCCAGACUGGUUUUUUUUUUAAUUUGCCCUGGCCUGGUCUGGCCUGGCUUAAUAUAAAUUUUUACGCUUUUUAGGUCAAAAUCUCUGCCCUUGAGCCCGCACGAUUUAGCCCGGCAUCUUUCAAAUUUACCGGGCCGGCCUUGGGCAAAAUUUCGAUUGGACCGCGCCAGAAAAAUGGGUCGGGCCCGGCCUGUUUCUGAUGUCUACUUCGGCUCGGGCAGGCUCUUUACUUAAGUUUUUACUUUUCGCAAAUCAAAUCUUUCGUUGCGGGACCUAAGCUGGGCCGAAGGGGACUUAUUUUGAGUCUUUUUUUUGGCCCACUUAUGCCGGCUGGCUCGGCCUUUUUCAAAUUUGCUUCGGCUUGGACUGGUGUGCCUUUUUUCAGGUCUAGUUGUCAUAAGCUAACUCUUGUUAUAGUAAAACAAAGUUUUAAAGGAUUUUUACCAAAAAAUUAUUUUUGUCAGUACUAUAACUCUUAGUACAUUUACUAACUUGACCAAACAUCCAAACACUGACCUAUUGCCCUAAAUUUCGAAAUGAUAGUAUAAUACCAAGUCUGAUUGCAUUAAAGUACUAUUUAUUUUCAAAAUCAAACAAACCUCUUUUGUUUGAUGUUUUGAAGAAAAGAAAAACUCGAUUACAAGCCUAUUGUUAGCCGGUUUCUAAUUGUCAAGCCUUUACUUUGGACUAUGUUUAGACUAGCGAGUGGUUACUGGAGUGUUAGGAUUGGCGAUAUCAUAUUUUCUUUUAAUUUUUGUAAUUUAUUAUGUGUCGACAUAAAGAACCCGCCAUUUUUUACAAAAAAUUACAGGCAAGGUAUGGCGGGUCCUUUAUGUCGGCACCUAAUAAAUGGAAGGGGCGGCGGGAGGCAAAUCAGUUUUUUAAGGGUAUGGUAAAAUCUUUUUUAAAAUGGAAGGCGUGUUUGGAAGUAAGAAAUGAAAAAUAGGUUUUAAAAUUGUUAGAAGGGUUACGCACUCAUAAUUAAAAAAAAAUUGGGCGGGGUAAAAAAAUUUUUUUUGUGAGGGCCAGGGCCGGGCGGGGACUUUUGGUCUGGGGGCAGGGGUCCAAAAAAUCGGCAUUGUGCCGAUUUUUUGCGAAAAUUUUUUAAAUUUUGGGCGGGGUAAAAAAAUUUUAGAGGGGGGAGGGUAAAAAUGGAAAUUUAUAUUUUUUAUGAUUACGAACCAUAUAUUUACACAUUUGAAAAAAAAGUUGGGCGGGGUAAAAAUUUUUUGGGGGGGGGAUAAAUCAAUAUUUAACCAUGGGUCUGUCUUUUGUAUUGCUAACGUUUUUUAUGCAAAUUUCAAUAAUUUAAAACCAAUACCUUCGAAAUUUCAGCUCAACGCACACGUUUUUCGCUUCGUCGUCGGGGCAUCCGGACGAAGCGUGCACGCAGUCCGGCGACUGUGCCCGCCCAUCGGAGUGGCGGUUUUGGCAUCGCCUGGCCGGGCGUUACAAGGCACAGCAAGUGAUUGAACGGCAACGCUUCCUCGGCCGCCUCCAACAACAGUUCUUGCCGGGCGUGGAGCCGCCGCACGCUUCGAAUGACCUGAUCAUGGGUAACAUAUCCAUGGAGAACAGUCGGAAGACAGAGAAGGUGCGGUUCGAGGACGGGGUUACGGUGGGUUUUUUGGGAGUUUUGGAGGUUUUAUGUUACAGUAGGCGUAUGAACCUGCCCUACCUAACUCUACCCUUUUCUACCUUCCUCUACCUUACCCUACUCUACCCUACUCUACCCUAUCCUACCCUGUCCUACCCUACCCUACCCUACCCUACCCUACCCUACCUUACCCUACCCUAUCCUACCCUAUCCUGUCUUAUUAUUACUCUACCUUACCUUAUAUUGCCCUACCGUUCCUUACCGUAAUCUACCUUACUUUAUUUUGUCCUACCAUACCGAUACCAUACCGUAAUCUACCUUCUCCUACUUUACUAUACUAUACUUUACUCCACUUUACUCUAUCCUACUCUAUCAUACCUUUACUUUACUUUACAGUAUCCUACUGUACUGUACUCUAUCUUACUUUAUAGUACCCUACCUAACGUGUUUUACCUUAUAUACUCUAUCACCUUGCUUUACCUUCUCCUACCCUGACUUACCCUACAUCAUCCCCCCCCCCUCCUCCGCCUUACUAGGCUUUUUCAAUUUACUGUAGCUUUAAAUUCCUAAUAUUACUGCACUUUUUUCAGUUCUCCGACGAAGCCGUCUGUCGAUUCGAGCCCAAUUUGGCCGAUAAAACGGCCAUAUCUUCCUGUUUUCGAGGCACCUUAACCUAUCAACUACGCUAUGACUUUAUACAUCGGGUACUAAUGCUACAUGUACGGAGGGCCAACAAUCUACCGGGCACUGUAAGUUUUUUAUUUUACAUUGUGCGUUGCUUUAUCAAUCGUAUUUUACAUUUUUAAACAUAUGGGGACAUGUUAUACGACGAAAGUUGUGUUUUUAUGGUUUGUAGUGAAAAGUUAUACAAUGAAAGGUGUUUUAUUUGAUAUAUGGGGACAUUUUAUACGACGAAACGUGUCCAAAAGAUGCCAGUUUUAAAAUCAAAUUUAAAUUGAAAUUUAAAAGAAAAAAUGAAAAUUAACUUUAAAAAAUUUUCAGGAUGGCCCUCCAGACCCAUACGUGAAAAUGUACUGUCUGCCGGAGCGCCGCAACCACUGGAAAACGAGUAUUUUGAAAAAGUCGGUGGAUCCGGAGUUCAACGAAAUGUUCUCUUUCGAUAUUCCCUACAACGAACUUGCUCACAGAAUGCUACAAGUAUGUUUUUUAAUUAAAUUUGUUUAAAUUUGACAACAGUUUUACUUUUUUCGUCAUUUUUUAAGCUUUUUUUAUUGCACGGUGCAGUUUUUUUCAAAGUGACAAAACAUUUUCGAGGUAAUUAUGAAAAAAAAGUUUGGCUGACUGAUAGGAAUAAAUGUCGUAUUUGACAAUGUCGAUUAUUUGGUUUUUGUUUUUACUGCACUUUCAUUAGUAUAAAAUGGCGUUAAAUUGGGUUGCACGGUGCAGUUUUCAAAAAUUGACAAAACAUUUUUGAAAUGACAAUUUUUUUUGUUUAAAAGAUUAGUUCAAACAGCGUAUUUUACAAUAUUUUUUAUUAGGUUUUUGGUUUUACCUUACUUUUUGAGUCUUAUAAAAUGGCAUUGAAUUCACUGCCCGGUGCAGUUUUUUUUAAAUUUAUUAAAUGUGCACUGUGCGGAUUAUGACAUCUUUUUUUUGACAUCUGAAAUCAAAUUGAAAUUGUUUUUUUCUCAGAUUUUGAGCAAAUGUUUUAUACCUAAAUUUCAAAUUUUGCAUAAAAACAAUGGCAUUAAGUUGACUGCACAGUGCAGUUUUUUAAACUAGUGCACUGUGCAAACCGCUUAAUUUUAGGCCUUUUUUAAUAAAUAAGAGACAAGUAGGGUACGGUAGAUAACUUUACUUUUCAGUUUACUGUAUACGAUUUCGAUCGUUUCACACGACACGGGUUGAUUGGGAAUGUCAUAAUGAGAGAUCUCUUCGAAAAGUCCGAUCUCUACAAUUGGACGGAGUUCACCAUGCCAAUCGUCGGGAGUCAGGUAGGAAUUGGCAUUUUUAAGAAUACGUUAAACGAAAUUGAACUUUUUUGGAAAAAAAAUUUUUUUUUAAAUUUUUUUAAUUUUUUGAAAUUCUACCCCUACCCUACUCCUAGCUCUACCUUUAUUCCAAUUUUUUAAAUUUUUAUGUUUCUUAUUUGAACAACACGUAUUUUACCAAAAUAUCGACCGUUUUUAGGAAAAGAACGACUUUGGCGACCUUCUCUUAUACUUGGCCUAUUCGGCCGAUUUAUGUAAAUUGUACCUCACCGUGGCCAAAGCCUACAACUUGCGGCCAAUGGACAUUACUGGUGCUUCUGGUAGGUUGAGCUUGGCUUUUUAGUUAAUUUUUUUUGAAAAUUCGAAAUUUUUUUAAAUUUCGAAAUUUUUUUAAAUUUUCGGAAUUUUUAAAAAUUUUCAAUUUAAAUUGUUUUCAAUUUUCAAAAUUUUUCAUUUAUUUUUUUUUAAUUUUUGAACUUUUGAAAUUUAAAAUUUUUAGAUCCCUACGUGAAAUGUGAACAAAUUUAUCAGAAAAAACGGGUAAAAAUGCGCAAAACCUCAAUUAAACGUGCCAAUUUGAAUCCGGUUUAUCACGAAUGUCUCGAGUUUGAUCUGCCAGUGAGUCAGAUCAGGGAUACGAAUAUAUUGGUUCAGGUCAUGGAUUGGGAUCGGUAAGAACAAUAUUUUUCAUAUGCCGACAUGAAGAACCCGCCAUACUUUACCUGUAAUUUCCUGUAAAAAAAUGGCGGGUUCUUUAUGUCGGCAUUUAAUACAUUGGCCUAUUGACCCUACCAAGCUUUACUCUGCUUUAGCUUAUUCUGCCAUAUUUUACCAUGCCCUACUUUGAGCUACUUUAUUUUACCUUUUCCUGCUUCACUUUACCGUAGUCUUACUUUCCUUAUUAUAUAAUACUAUUUUCUAUCUUACUGUAUUCUAUUUCACCUUCAGAAUUGGCCGCGACGAUCUUCUUGGCUGUUGUGUACUUGGCAAUGAAUCCCCAACGCCCGAGGGCCGAACUCAAUGGAUGCAGUGUUUCACGUUAGUCUAUGGCAACAAUCUCCCUCAGGCUGCAAGUUCAGAACAGCUUCAAACCCUAACCAAUGGCGAAACCCGUCUUCCACUAGACAGCCGGCUGGCAAUUGACAACCGGCUCCCACUAGACAGUUAUGAUCCGGAAAAUGGCACGAUCAAAGAGAACGGCCAAACCGAGUUAGAGCCGAAUGGCAUGAGUCUACGUGAACUGCGAGGCAAAUACUCGGUAGCCAGUCUGGGAUCGAAUGGCAAUCCAAUUGGAAUGCAAUGUUUCGAUGCUGCCCUGAGGCCGAUUGGCACAUGGCAUUCCAUUUUGGGCGAAGUGCCUGAUAACUUUAGGAAUAUUCCAAAGGCUAAACGGAAAUGA